AAAUAAUUUGAGGAGGUCCACCUCUCCGGAUAAAACAUGAGCCAUGAAUACAGUGAUUUAGACAGGCAGAUCGAGCAGCUGAAGCAGUGUGAGAUUAUCAAGGAGUCUGAAGUGAAAGCGCUAUGCGCUAAAGCACGUGAGAUUCUCUCUGAAGAAUCUAACAUCCAGCGAGUUGACUCCCCUGUCACGGUGUGCGGUGAUAUACAUGGCCAGUUUUACGAUCUCAAGGAACUCUUCCAAGUGGGAGGCGAUGUGCCCAGCACCAACUACCUCUUCAUGGGCGACUUCGUGGACCGUGGUUUUUACAGCGUCGAGACCUUCCUCCUACUCCUAGCUCUCAAGGUACGAUACCCAGACCGUAUCACACUGAUCAGAGGUAACCACGAGAGUAGGCAGAUCACACAGGUUUACGGGUUCUAUGACGAGUGUCUCAGAAAAUACGGCAGUAUCAACGUCUGGUACUACUGUACCGAGGUAUUCGACUACCUGUCCCUCUCGGCAAUGAUUGACAACAAGAUAUUCUGUGUUCACGGUGGACUGUCUCCCUCUGUUCAGACUAUUGAUCAGAUCAGGGUUAUCAACAGGAAGCAGGAAGUGCCCCACGAUGGUCCCAUGUGUGAUCUCCUCUGGUCGGAUCCUGAGGAUAUAGAGGGUUGGGGUCUAUCCCCGCGUGGUGCAGGCUACCUGUUUGGAGUGGACGUGGUCCAGCAGUUCAACGAGACGAACAAUGUGGAUAUGAUCUGUCGGGCUCAUCAGUUGGUCAUGGAGGGCUUCAAGUGGCACUUCAACAACAUGGUCCUUACAGUGUGGUCAGCUCCUAAUUACUGCUACAGGUGCGGGAACGUGGCAGCAAUCCUAGAGUUGGAUGAGAAUCUUCAGAAGGAGUUCACUAUAUUUGAAGCGGCGCCAACCGAAAGUCGCGGAGUGCCGUGUAAGAAACCUCAACCAGACUACUUCUUGUAAUAUUUCCUGUCGCGUUAUGACGUCACAAGUUACUACUGUGACGGUGACGCUAUUAUAAUCUGACGUCACCAGUAACCCUCAUCAAACUUUUAUAUUUGUAAAAUCGUUGAGCUGCUACCUGGAGCUUAGAUGAUUAACUUCUAAUUGUAAACUAGUAUUAUCAUCGUUUGGCUGUCACUCGUGUUAUCUUACAUGAACGUGACCAGUCUGUUAAACUUACUGUAAAAUAGCCGUUGCUUCAGUGUAUUUAAUAUUAUCAAUAUUUCGAAUAAAAGUGGUGUCUAAGUAAGAUAUUUAAAGGAAUUUAGUUGAGCAGUUUAUGUUUACGUAAGUAAUUUAGGUGACUUUAAGAUUCAAUCGGAUUAUGGUUAUAUAUCGGAUACUGAAUUUAAAACUCUUAUUAGUUCAUUUCUAUAUGAUGCAUUGAUUGCUGGGUGUAGCUUAACAUUUUAACACUAGAGAAAGAAGAUUCUUUUCUGUAAAUGAACCAAAUGAUUGCCAACGGUGGACGGUGCAUAGUUUACAGAAUUCUUCAUUUUUAUCGAUGUUUCCAUCUCAAUAA